UGGGAUCCGAGUUUUUUUAAGUAUGUAGUUUUUGAUUUAUUCUGAAAGGCAAAGAAAGGGUGUGACAAGAAUGGCGAAUGCGUUAACUGACUGCUAAGUUUCCGUCGACAAGUGCCAACGGUACAUGGGAGUAAGAAAUCGGGGCGAAAAAUUUGAAUUUGUUGGAACGCCGUAUCAGAGAUCUUCAACAAGCUUAGGCUAUCUUCCAUGCGGGGAUUUGACCAGCGAGGAUAGACUUGCGCCCACCCAGUACGGCACGUUUUCUUCAUCUAGCCACCGCGUCAACAAAACGAGAUCUCACCGAAAUGUCGACAAUGCACCUGAGCACAGUCCUGACGCGGCCAAAUGUCCGCGAAGGCUGCCUGAUUCUCAGCGGGGAGGGAGAGGGCGGUCCGAACCACUUUCUUGAGGAUCUAGAGCGCGAAGAGACGACCCCAGUGGAAGUCGUAUCCGAUAAUUCAACUUGUGAUGCUGAUAUUUUUGUGGACGGAACACUUACUUAUGACUAAGUACUACACAAUGGAUAGUUGUCGCUUUAUUUUUUGCACGCAUUUGCAUUUUCAACGGUGCUACUAAUACUUAGGUUUCUCUGCAUGAGGUUCGCUUUAGUCGUGGUGGUACAAUUUCCAUGACCCUGUUGCUCAAGUGCCUGCAGCGGGUGGACCGACUCAGACGCCUUACGUUGCAGUCCUGUGAGAUCGCGGAAUUGGAAGAGAUUUGUCGUUGUACUCGUCAUGUUGAAUAUGCGGAUCUCUCAUGGAAUGCCAUACGGCUGCUCCCUUCGCGAAUAGCUUCGUUGUGGACCUUUUUGACUGAUUUAAAUCUAGCACAAAACCGACUCUGCGACUUUGAGGAGCUGCAAAAGUUAGUGUCACUUCUGCGACUGAAAAAGCUGAACUUGUCCGAAAAUCCGAUAUCAUCGCAGGUAGUCUUUUGUGAUCGUGCUGAUCGAUGUGUGUUGAAAAUCAAAAUGAAAAUGGUGCGGCGUUUUCUUCACUGCAAGAAAUAUGCAGGCCGAGUACGUAGAGCGAAUUUUAACAAGGGCACGAUAAAAAGACUUUGCUUUGUACCUCCACUCGCAGGUGGGAUAUCGAAGUCGCGUAAUAACAUCCAUGCCUCAACUAUUCGAGCUGGAUAUGCACGUGAUUAGCGUAGAGACGCGCCGCGAGGCAGCUCUGCAACCGCUGAACGAUCGAGUGCGCGCGGUAGCUGAGGAGCAUAGGCCAUGGAUGCCACCGUCUGUUGGUAGUGAGCCCUUUGUUGUGAAUGUGAUAGCAGAACAAAAAGUAAGUAAAGGAUUGAACUUUCCAAAUCUUGUACUGAUCACAGUUCAACAGUUUUGUCCUUCGCACCAUUCCAGCUGGUGUAGUCCCAUCUAUGGACUACAACCUUCCUAAUUUGGUGCUAGACUGAAUAUCUACCGAGUUUGAACCGACAUCCCUGAGACAGAUUCUCCGGUGGGGUGUCGGUAUAAGACGGAGAAACAAGAACAAUUUGCAAGGAAGUACAUGCCAACGAUCAUGAUGUUGUGGAUCACACGGAAUCAACAAGUUGUAUUGAGAUUUUCGUGGGUACCAACAGAAAAAUUAUUUCCUUGCUCUACUUCUAUUUUGCUUUGUCAUAAUUGUAAUUUUGAUGAUUUUAUUCUGUACCUACAGCUUCAGACACUCUCGACCGGGCAUUUCGUUCUGGCUAUGAUGCGGGAAGCAAGCGAAGCGCUGAUUUGCAUCCAAUGGCAGGGUCGCGAACAGCAGCCGACCGCCAGUACGAGGAGCUAAUGUCGAAGAUCCGCGCGUCCAAUGGCGUGAGCAUGAGCGAAGUGGCGCCCCAUUUGGGGGCAUCACCACCUCUUGUAGGAGGCGCGAGCUCUUCGGCCGUUCCAUCAGCUGCUCGCCGUAGCGGAGGGGGCAGUGGAACGCGAACUCCGACAGGUUCGACAUCGGCACUUUAUCCCCGGUCGGUCACCGCAGACGAAGUGCUGGAGCAGGCGCAGCGCAUUCUGGAGAAAACCGAGCAGGGAUAUAUCACGCCAGUAGCAAGAAGCAGCAAGAGCCCGGGUGGUAGUAAAGCUAGCACCGUGCCACGAGAAGUGGCGUUUCAGAGGGAACAACAUUCGCGGAGCCCCUUAGGUCGGCGGCAACCAAACGAAAGCUUACGAGGCACGACCCCAGCAGCAUCAGCAUUCGCUUCACCCACACUGACAAAUACUGCGGGAGCUGCAACCGCCAUGAUUGGUCGCCGGGGUUUGUUCGAUCACUCGCCGGUUACCCGGGUAAUGGCACAAUCCUUAUAUGCAGGGAUGAAAGCAGAGCAGCGCGAACCAGGAUUAUGGCUCUUUCGUCAAAGAAUAGUCUUACCGUUGGAUUGGUCUAGAGGUUGUGUUAUCAAGGGUAAAAAAGUAUUCAUUUAGGUGACACCUUACAUUGUUGAAGAACAAGUGUAGAUUUUGCUUUAAUGUUGAGUGCUAGUAAGCGGCGCGUAUCGCCUGAUCGACCGCUUCUGCAUGGUGGGCAGAAUGAUGUGGCGUCAGCGUUUCUCAGCAGUAUCGACAGUGCGACUUCGAGUACCAUGAAGGUAACCGCCGGGUAUCACAAUACCACGAGCCCACAGCACGUUGCGUCAGGCAGCAAGAAGACUUCGUACGGGGGACCUGGCGGUGGCGUCUUAGCUGCGGGUAUAAUCGGUGCAGGUGAAACUAGUCCGUCGAAGUUGUCGGGGGUCAUGAGCACGAACUUUGCUGCGUCCUCUUCGCGUGUCGCUGAUGUGAGUGCGUCUCUCUCUGGUCGCACACGGCGAAUGGAGCGAGAAUUUGACGUCGCGGGUGCUCGUCAUCCUGUGCCUGGGGUCUCGGAGUACCAAGCGCCACUCUCUAUUCCGUCGGCACAAGUGACUAGUACGCCUCCUUCUCCACAACUUGGGAAUAAUUCAGGCUCCAGGUCUCCACCACAUGUUGACAGGCCGAGAGCAGCAGAUGCACGAAGCGAUCCCCUCAAUGACUCUCGCAGAGCAGGCUCGAACAGCAAUGCCGCUGACCAGGCCUCAUCUUCCUCCUCUUCGAGACGGCGAAUUUUCCGCUCCUUGCCGCCGACGACGAGGGUUCCUCGAAGACCGCCUGCAACGGUCCCAUCUAGCCUCGAUUUACAUAGAAAGACGUUUUGGCAGGAGAAGCAGGAGGAACGCGAGCGGGAGAUGUCAAGGCGGGCGGACAAAGAGAGAAUCGCGAAUGUAGACAGACGGCAUCAUCAGUACCAUCAAUGGCUAAGCGACGCAUUCCAAGUAGAUCCGGGUAGGCGCGAAAGUGCAUCGCGCUCUCCACCACCCUCACAACGGCCGAACUCAGGGGGCUUAGUGGCCGUUGCAGCUGAACGCUACUCGUCGUGGGACAGGCAAAGAAAGCAAGACUACGACGGAGACCCAGCAGGUGCAUCGACUGUCCCGACAACGAGGGGUAGUUUUGUUUCAUAGAAAGGAGAGGAAAAGCAGAAAAAUUAGGCGUGGAACGUCAUGCAAUUUUCAAGCCACGAUCAUGUGAAAUCCGAGCACAAUCAACACAACAUGAGUUCUCGAACCUGAUCUAUUUUUUUUAGCUUUUGUUCUUUCACACCAUCACAGCCCAAAGUCACGCAUCCGCUGGUGCGGAUGGCCAGGCGCAUCCGUUUUAUCCUCCAUAUCGGCAGACGCACACCGAACCAGAGAUUCGAACCUGGUUUGACAAGUCGCUUGAGGAAAGGAAAUAUCAUGAGGACGAGGCGAAACUCGAAGCUCUGCGAGUCUUACAAUUGAAACUACCUCUGAAUCCAAAGAACCUUCCGAUUGGGGUGGAGGAAGACGAUGUGGUUGCAGACCGCGACAAACUCACGUCAAAGACCCACAUAGCGGAUAUACUCCGUACUACUCGCUAUAUUGUUUCAGACGAGAAGAUUGUUGUGCACUAACCUCGUUGUGCAACUUCGAUUUCCAUCAGAGCAGGCCGUUCAUCAUUUAUUUUUGUAAAGGAACUGGAUUUCGUUUUCGUUCCUCGUUUUGCGAUCUACACUAACGCACAAAUGCCACAGUGAAAGUCGUCGAGAAAUGCGAGGGGCAACACCGGGUCAUCAACUGUAUGUACAAGCACCUAGCUAUUCCUCGUGACUGGAUGAUACAAAAUGCCACGAAAGCCAGUGUCUCCAAGUCCCAAGCUAGCAUUUACUCAGCGACGGAUCAGAACCAAGCCUCAAUCUUGAAUACCACGACGAAUAGCGCUGGUGGAGCUGCAGGGCAAAAUAGAAGCAAAUCCAUCGGCCGAAAGCUCGGCUACGCACCAAAAAUGAUCAUAACGCAACCGGGAAUGUAUUCCUUACUUUAUAAAUUUCUCUUUUUGCUUCUAAAAGAUGACGAGCGAAGAAAGUUUUUACGUUGUAAGCGCACAGAAGAUGAAAAUGCAAUAACUGGACUAAAGAUGUCCCAUCACCUGGAUCAUCCACUUUUUGAGGAGGCGCCGAGUCAAAUCUCUUCAGGUCUGCCUAUUCGAGUACGGGCAAGCCGAUGGGUAGCACGGUCUCACAGCAGGACGCUGCCUCUCGAACGAGCAGUCCACAGAAGCUCCCAAUGAAGGGGGAGCAGCGGUUCGACGCGUGGUCAUUGUACGCGUCGCUGGAACACAAAGGCCAAUCGCCGAGAGAAGUGAACUUGCGCAAAUUUAAGUAUCCUCGGCGGCAGUUCGGUGGAGGGGGCCCUAAGCAACUUCCUAACAGCGCAUGGGCGCCACAAGGUGGAAGCAGAUGACAGCAAUUUAUAGACAGGAUGAAUCUUGAGGGUGGAAACUUAUUGCCUCCUAAGGAGAUCUAGAUCUUCUGACGGACACCUAGUAGGGUGUCUGCACAUUUCGAAAUCCGUCGAUCCCUAGAUGGUCCAGAGCAAGUGAUGUGUCACUAAAGCAAAUAAGUACUUAAUAUCAAUCUUGAUAUUGUCUAUUGAUGCCGUAACGAUGACUUGAAUACUUCUCGCGUAAACGCAAUAAUGAUGCCUUCUUAAUUAUAUAUCGCUUUUCGCCAUCAAAGCUUCGGAAAAGUUCAACAAAAAAAUAUUACAAAUCAGUAAAACUGACUGUAAUCGAAAGCUGAAAAUAAGCGAGUAACCAAUACAAUAGCCGAGCUGUAUCUGAGAAGAUUGUUAUCGAGAUUACUCGCUUAUUUCAGUUUAUCGAAUAUGCAGGCAGAUCUAGAAUCAUGUUCUUUUCAGCAUUCGAAAGUUGCAAUGCAAAAAACAAGUGAAGAUCAGCAGCUGAUAAAUUCAGAAUUGCAAUAUCCAGAAA